AUGGCCGAAGUCACCAAACCCAAACACUACCCCCUACGAAUCCUCAGCGAGACCGCCGCCCACUACCUCGUCGAGCGCGCGGGCAUCGCCAUGCCCACCCUGGUCCCGAAAGCCUCCUGUCCCCAAAAGCUCAUCGACGCCUGGACCCAAGCGCAAGCCGACAACCUCGACGAGCGGGAAUCCACCAAAGCGCUGCUGAACGAGCUCGAGAUCGCCUACGACUACGACGGGCCUGUCCCCAGAGCACCCAAACACGGCUUCCCAACCGACUUCCCCGAGUUCUUCGGCUACCCGCGCCCUGUCGCGCCGGUCGCGCCGCGGACUCGCAAUCCUCAGCGCCAGGAGAAGGAGAAGGAGAAGGACGCCGCGGUCCCGCCACCCGCACCAGCACCCGCACAUGCUCCCGCCGCCCCGCCUGAGCCUGGACCGCACUUCCCCUGGGACCCGGCCUAUCCCCGCGUACGCACGUCAGCUUCUCAAUGGGCCCCCCAGCGACCCGCGCCGUUCGAUCCGCAGCGCGCGCGGGUCUGGGGCCCGGAGCGGCAGGAGGUUGUGGGGUGCGAGCCGGGACAUUUGGGGUUGUUCGAGACGCUGGGGAUGGGGUGGAGUAGAGAGGAGAUGGACGAGUUUGUGCGGCCGGUGAGAGAGGCGAAGGAGAGGGAGGAGAGGGAGGCGACAGAGCGGGAGGAGAGAGAGCGGGAGCGGGAGCUGGAGCGGGAGCAGAGGGCCGCGAAAAAGAGAGGGCAUGGUUGGCUGGGUGCGCGGGAGGGGUUUCGCGAGCCGGGGUGUGGUGUUGAGGGGUGGGUCGAGAGGUUUGGGAGGUUAGAGGGGGUUGAGAUCGAGGGAGUGGAAUUGGACGAGAUGGAGGACAGCGAGGAGGAGGAAGUAGAGAGGGCGGAUAAAAGAGUGGAUGAGGUUGUGGACGCCGAAACGGAAGGGGAGGACGGAUCGGUGGGGUUUGAGGUGGUGGAGUCAGAAGAGAGAACGGGGUAG